GGAGGAGUGAACGCCUCAGUCUGUUCUGACGGAGCCGAAGUACAGAAACCAUAUUUACAGGUACAUGUGACAGUGCUGCAGCUAUGAGUGGAAUUUAUAAGGGGAAGUUUGAAGAAAUCAACGGUUCUUUACCCUGUUCCUCUGUGCAGGAAUCAGGUGAUGAAGUUUUUAGCUGUGACAGUGCUGACAGUGUUGACAGUCUCAAUUCAUCCUCUUUGAACCAUUUCACUGGAAAAAUAAAGAGAUCAACAGAUUGAAAAAUGUUUUGAGAGGCAUAACAUCUUCAGGAAGAUACCGGAGUUCAUGAGAUUUCAAGGUACAUGUGACAGUGCUGCAGCUAUGAGUGGAAUUUUAAAGAGGAAGUUUGAAGAAGUUGACGGCUCUUCACCCUGCUCCUCUGUGCGGGAAUCAGAUGAUGAAGUCUCCAGCAGUGAAAGUGCUGACAGUGGGGACAGUGUCAAUCCAUCCACUUCUAAUCAUUUUCCCCCUUCCUCUAUCCUCAAAAGGGAGAAGCGCCUGAGGACCAAAAAUGUGCAUUUUAGUUGUGUCACUGUGUAUUACUUCACCAGAAGGCAGGGCUUCACGAGUGUGCCCAGCCAAGGGGGCAGCACCCUGGGUAUGUCCAGCCGACAUAACAGCGUGCGCCAGUAUACUCUGGGUGAAUUUGCCCGAGAGCAGGAGAGACUACACCGGGAGAUGCUGAGAGAACACCUCCGAGAAGAAAAACUGAACUCUUUAAAACUAAAGAUGACUAAGAAUGGCACCGUGGAAUCUGAAGAAGCUAGCACUCUCACCGUGGAUGACAUUUCUGAUGAUGAUAUUGAUUUAGACAACACCGAGGUAGAUGAGUACUUCUUUCUGCAACCCCUGCCAACAAAAAAACGGAGAGCACUGCUGCGGGCCUCUGGCGUGAAAAAGAUUGAUGUGGAAGAGAAGCAUGAGCUUCGAGCCAUUCGCCUGUCCAGGGAGGACUGUGGAUGUGACUGCCGCGUGUUCUGUGACCCAGAAACGUGUACCUGCAGUCUGGCAGGCAUUAAGUGCCAGGUGGAUCGAAUGUCUUUCCCAUGUGGCUGCACGAAAGAAGGAUGCAGUAACACAGCAGGUAGAAUUGAAUUUAAUCCUAUCCGUGUCCGGACUCACUUUUUGCACACCAUAAUGAAACUUGAACUGGAGAAAAACCGAGAGCAACAAAUCCCCACUCUGAAUGGCUGCCAUGGUGAGCUCAGUGCUCACAGUAGUUCCAUGGGCCCAGUAGCUCACUCAGUAGAAUAUUCCAUCACAGACAAUUUUGAGAUUGAAACGGAGCCCCAGGCUGCAGUGCUACACCUGCAGUCUGCUGAGGAAUUAGAUUGCCCAGGAGAAGAGGAGGAGGAAGAGGAAGAGGAAGAGGAAGAAGAUGGGAGCAGCUUCUGCAGUGGAGUCACCGAUUCUAGCACACAAAGCUUGGCUCCAAGUGAGUCAGAUGAGGAGGAGGAGGAGGAAGAGGAAGAAGAGGAGGAGGAUGAAGAUGAGGAAAAAGGGGACAGCUUCGUGGAAGGCUUGGGUACUCAUGCUGAAGUUGUUCCUCUCCCUUCUGUCCUCUGUUAUUCUGAUGGCACCGCCAUUCAUGAAAGUCACCCGAAAAAUGCUUCUUUUUAUGCCAACUCUUCAACUCUGUAUUACCAAAUAGACAGCCACAUUCCAGGAACACCAAGCCAGAUCUCGGAGAACUACUCCGAAAGAGAAACGAUCAAAAAUGGUACCCUCUCGUUGGUGCCUUACACCAUGACCCCAGAACAGUUUGUGGACUAUGCCCGACAAGCAGAAGAGGCUUAUGGCACCUCCCACUACCCAGCUGCCAAUCCCUCUGUUAUCGUUUGCUGCUCCUCCGCAGAAAAUGACAGCGGAAUGUCCUGCAACAGUUUAUAUCCUGAACACAGGUCCAGCCAUCCACAAGUGGAAUUUCACUCCUACUUGAAAGGCCCCUCCCCUGAAGGGUUCGUGUCUACUUUGAAUGGUGACAGCCACAUUUCAGAGCACCCUGCUGAAAAUACCCUGAGCCUUGCCGAAAAGAGCAGAUUGCAUGAGGAGUGCAUCAAAUCGCCUGUAGUUGAGACUGUCCCAGUGUAGUAGCUUCAGUUAUUAUAGGACCAACUGACUCUUUUCUUGUGUAAAGCACUGUAUUUCGUUGGAUUUCUGGGCUCAUCCUUGUUUAAAUCAAGGACCAAAAAAAAAACUUCAACUGUGGUAAAUCUUCCAGACUGUAUUCUGCUUUCCUCCGUUCUAGCUAUAUGACUGUGGCAUUGCACAAAUACAGUCUCUAUGAGGAUUUUAAAAGAUUUCAGACAGUUUUGAUAGAAAAUGCUAAUUUAAAAAAAAAAAAAGCAUAUCUCACAGUUGCCUACCUGUCAAACUGUGCAAAACCUGCCAAGCUAUGUAGAUCAGACCUCCAAGUUUUGGAUUAUCGGGCCUGUGCAAGAUAGUUAACCAAGAGUGGGAAAUAAUAAGAUUUAGAGACCUAAUUUUCGAUAUAUCUGAAGAUGAUGGUGACUUUUUAAUGUCAAAGUAAUUAUUGUAAGAAAAAAGAUUUAAUAGUUCCAUGUGUAUUUUAUUUAUGGUAGUUAGAAGCUAUGUUUUGAUGAAAAUCAACAGCAGCAUGUUCUUUUAAGCUGAAGAUGCAUAGUUAGUACCACCGAGCAUGCCCACAUGGAUUGCACCUGGAAUCCAUUCACAUUUUUAUGAUCAUAACUGAUCAGAUUUGCAAAUACUUUCUUAAGGGUGAAAUAGGCCUAUUUUUGCUAUUUUGGACAAAUAAAUGAGUCUCUAUGUGCAGGUCCUUAAACAGUUUUCUCUAAAGUUAAGAGUUAGGACAAUCCUGCAGUGAGGGUCUAGUUCAUUACCCUCCCUCAAUUGACUCCAGAGAUGGAGGCAGACGGAAUUGCCUUUCUUUUUUAAACAGCAUCAUCCUGGUUCUUAGCUUGGACAGCACCUUUAAACUCUACUCCCCUCUGUCAAAAUGCACUUUAGUGCCCCUUCAUGGUACCUUGUGAGGGGUGGGGACUGAGAACUCUUUGAGAUGAAAAAAAUUUUCAAAAAAAAAGGUUUUUUAAUCGGUAUCUAUUAUAAGGUUCUUAUAAUUAACAUAAAGGAAUCAUCCAGUGAUACUUUAUGAAGGAAAAAUGACCUGUUUUCUUUCGCCACUAUGAAGACCUAACUCAAUAGAAACAGAGGAGGCUGAGGAAAGAUGGAAGAAACACCUCCUCAGCAACCAGCCUUUUCUACAGCGUGAUCAAUCUAUCUCUGCAAAAUGAGUGAGAAUGAGAUUUCCAUUUAGUGACUAGCUGAUUGAAGCGAGGCCUCUACCCAGAUACUCUACUAGGCCUUACUUUUCUGAAGCGUUUUGAUUUCACUUGUAUGGGACAAUUAGCCAAACAGUCCAGAAUGCAUUGAAUACUUUCUAAUUACCUCAUAUGCCCUUAUUAAAAGGGACAGAUAGAAACAAACCCUGCACUCCCCACCUUUAGGUUAUCUGCACUUGAUUCAUGGGAGGACUUCUAAAAUUCUGUUUUCUUGUAAAUUACUUUAGGUAACUAAAUAGGGUUCUGCCUUUUUUAAAAUGCAAUAUGACAAUGCUAAAUCCAUUUUACAUUUUUAAUCUUCUGUUGGUAUAUCAUUUUAUAUUUUAUGCCUCUUUGAAAUAUGGACAUGCCUUGCUAUUCGGUGACUGCAUUGCUACUUUCUUUUUAGGUCUUUUGAGAUCUGGAUGUUUAGAAAUGUAGAUUUUAAAAAAUACAUUGUAGGUCUCAAUUCCUUUUUAAAAAAUCCUUAUUUAAUUAAACUUUCAAAUGUUUGAUCUAAGGAAAGUCCUCCAAUAGAAAAAUUUUUACUAACACUUGAUUUGGGGAAAAUAUGUUUACUUGGCAGCUCUUUCACUGUGCAGUUGGUUCCUGCCUGCAAUCAGCCCCCAACUUCUGGGCAAAUUUAGGACCAUAUUAACAUUAAAGAAGCUUUGGGUUUUGCCCUUAGGGUUAUAGCAGUAUUGAGGUCAGGGAAGUUCCUUUUGAAGAAAUCUUUUGAGGUUAUCGGACUGGGGUUUACUCAUAUCUUGGUAGUUUAUCCCUGAGCAUCUGAUGAAGGUGCAGGUUUCAGUUCUUGACCUCCCAAUUUUUUUCUAGUACCGAUGAGACCUAAAGAGCCCAAAGAGAAAAUGACAAGUUUGCUGUUCCUUCAUUGAAAUAAAUGAAGAAUCAAGUGUGCUAUAUUUUCUGGUCCAUUAUAAGCUCACAAAGUUUCUCUGUGUGAAGCACUCAGGGCUUAUUCUUGGAACAGAGAGUGUGGAAAAGUGGAUGCCAUGAGUCUGCAACAACGUUAAAAGAGUGAUAGUUCAGUUUUAGAAAGGAUGGAUAGUUAUAAAUUCAGCUUUAUUUUCACAGGACGGUUUGAUGCUUAUAUAUUUAUGUUGAGCUGGAUCUCUGUUUUAUUGUUUACAUCCAAAAGGAUGCUUUACCUAGAAAUAGGCAAACAAAACAAAAUCGAACAAACAAUAAAAGCCUUUUGUUCUCUGUCCAAUUGGGACUGAAAAUCACUGCUAUGCAGAAUAAAUCUUCCAACCAUGACAGCUCCAUUCUGAACUUUCAUAUAUCUAACCUAACUCCUUAUCAUCUCCCACAAAAUAAGUACAAAGAAUACCUAUCAAAACAUUCCUCCCUCUCAGACAUACAUGAAAUACAGUGCACACUAGAGAAUGGCAGGUGAUAGGCAAUGAUCAGUAUUAAGUACUGAAAUUUUUCCACCCAAGAAUCUGACUGGAUUUUACAAUCCAAAACUGUGACUAGAAAAAUGAAAAAAAAAAUUAAACUACAAUUUGAAAAUAUUUGGGCAAUGUUACAAAUAAUACUAAUGGUGGAAUUACUUCAUUGUUACUUCCCUUCACAGAAGAGCUGAGAAAGCACAGUGCUCCAUCGAUUUUUAUUUUCCAUUAAUAACCCUUCUAUUCAACAGAAAUUGCCCACAUGCCAGGAAAGCACUAUAGUUUUUCUAAGCUUUUUAAAAUGGAGAUCAAGCUGGAUGCAGCCAAUUGGGAUACUUAAGAUCUUUAUAGCAAGACACAAUAACCUGACCUGCAGCUGUUGUGUUGCUCCCAAAGUAUAUCUGACCAAAUUAGUCCUUUUUGACACAGCUUUUUAGUCAUUUACUGUCAGUGGCAAAGCCUCCCCCUCUGCUCCCUGUUGUCUCAGCACCACCCUGCACCUUUCACUGGAGCUUAAUUCCCAGUGAUAAUCCCAGCCAAAUUGAUUUGCAAGUCAAGUGAUGAGAGCAGCUUGCAUCUCCUUUGUCAGUCCAGGUCUCCUCUGGGAAAAAGAAGUCAAUGAAAGAGAUUUACUUAAGUUGGUUCUUCCAUCUCUUGAUCAUUGAUUAUUAAGACAUAAAUGAAAUCUGAUGGUCCCAUGUCUUUGGGUUAAUUGAAUAUUGUAGUUAUUUUUUGAAUAUCAUUCUUUCUUGUGAUGAAGCUAUAUUUUCCCAGUGUGCCAGACACAUGGAAAACAUAAAAGUAAUAUUUAUUAGUGAUGAAGUCUUUAUAAUAUUUGCUGCCCAGCAAUUCUCACCUUAAAGAAAUA